AUGGGUCGUCCUGACACGGACGCGCCGCCGUCGAGCGUCGCCGCGGGGCGGGCCGUCCACGGCCACGCCCACGGAGGCGGCAGAGUUGACGCGGCGCCGGCGCCGGCGGCGAGCGACUCAGCGUUCGACACCAACGUGGUGAUCAUCCUCGCGGCGCUCUUCUUCGCGCUGCUAUGUGUCAUCGGGCUCAACUCGCUGGCGCGGUGCGCGCUCCGGUGCGGUGGCCGCGGGGGAGCCGCGGCCGCUGAAGGCGACGGUGUGGCGUCGACGAGGGCGGCCCGCCGCGGCGGCGGAGGCGGCAUCAAGAGGCGCGUGCUGAGGAGCCUCCCCGUCGAGGUGUACGGCGGAGGAGGGGAGGGCAUCGACGACGUGUGCGCCAUCUGCCUCGGCGAGUUCGUGGACGGCGAGAAGGUGCGCGUGCUGCCGCGGUGCGGCCACGGGUUCCACGUCCGGUGCGUCGACGCCUGGCUCGUCUCCCACGGCUCAUGCCCGACGUGCCGGCGGCUGGUGAUCGAGGGCGCGCCCGCGAAGGGCGACGGUUGCGGCCGGAGCCGGCGUCCCGCGGAGACCGACACCAUCGGCGUGGACAUCGUGUGA